CUGAUGACAAUGAAGUUUCCAGACCAAGAGCCUGCUUUUGUCACGUGCUGUAAUUAAACCAAUGCAGUAACCUCUUAAAACACCAGCUCUAUUAUCCAGCAUUUUCCUGCCUUAUUGCUACCAUUCCACUGUACCAGCAGAUCCUCUGUUAUCUACCUGCUCAACACUUUCCCGGGCCCGUUGACUAGCUGUAAAAAGCUUUGUCUCUGCUCCUCCAGUUUUUUCUCACUUCACAAAACCUCCAUUCCCAAAUGAUGAGGACGGACAGCAAAGGCCGAAGUGCCUCCCCUCACAGGAUAACCUAUAAGUCUGACUUCCACGCCAUCAAAUGUUCAUUUGACACUGGGACCAGCCUACAACCAGGUACCAAAGCCGCUGACCAGCCCUCUGCUGUGCACCCAACCAGGCUGCCAUACAGCCUGUCAGAUCCCAUAAUGUCCAACACCAGCACAGGCAGCAGAGGGAGGAUCCACAGCACCAGGGGGACCAAGAUUAGAGACAACAUCUUCCUGCAAAUGGACAGCCAGCAGCUGAAACAAGAUGGUGGUCCGGUGCUGAGUCCUGGCCCUAUACCCCUCCUUUCUCCCCACAAUCCUAGCCUACAGCUACAAACCUCACCUUUCUCUGGAUCCAGACGUUCAGUUGUCAGCUCCUCGUCUGUUCUGAGCACUGUGGCCAACAUUUCUGCUACAGAGUCUUCUCUGCAAGAGAAACCAUCCAGAUCAGAGGAGAUAUCGGAUAUUGACAGAGCUGCUCUGGCUCAGAAGUUCUCUGUAACUCGGAGGUUGUUUGAGACCAAGGUGAUGGAGGUUGAAGGUGGUGGAGGGCAGGUUUCAAAAGAUUUUACAGGCAGGGGAAGCAAGGGGAUAGCAGGAGGAGAAGAAGAUAGGAGAGGAGUCAACCAGGUGGAAAAAGAGGAAGAGGCAAGUGGGAAAAUGAAUCACACAGAGGAGGAUAGCUUUGAUAAAGACAAAUUCACAAACCCCCACAUUAUAAAUAUUUCCUCACCAAAGCCUCCUGCACAGGCCUCAGUGACCGGGCAUCCUAAAUCUCCUGUAUCGGAUGGCCCCACUGAAGCAUCCAGCAAAUCUCCCUCCUAUCUUGACACACACGGUAAAACCACAGGAUCACAAACGGAGGAUGCAAGGACAGAAAGUGCAACUCUUGACAUCUGCUUGACCCCUGAGGAACCAGUGAGGGCAGAACUAGUUGACAUAAAGAACGAGUCAUCAGAAAGUGAUGAGAAUGAAGAAGAAAAGGAACGGAAAGAAGCUAACAACUGGCUUAAGGAUGAGCGGGAAAAAUAUAUGAAGAAAGAUCUAGGAGAAAGUGUGCAGAACUUAGUGGAUGAUGUUUUUGAGCCCAGCAUGGAAACACCAGGACCUUAUAAACUGGAAAACAGAGUGGAACUAAGAGACAAGUACUGGCAGGUGAAUGAACAAUGGGAGGGGCAGAACAGACAGUUCACUGCACAGGCUGAGAAGUCAACAGGAAAGGGGGAUGGCAGGGAGAAAAAGACAGAUGCAGGAGUGGAAGAAAGUGUUGGAAGGAAAGAGAGGGGCAUGAUACAAGAGGAGGGGAUCCACAUGGAAGUUGAGCCGUACAGUGUGGGAAAGAGGAGGGAAAGAACUGAAAAAGAAGGGACAAGUGAGAGAGAUGACAGUACAACAUCUGAGCUGCAAGAGGAGCAUGUCAAUCUGGAGGUCACUUAUGAGGAGUGCAGUGAUGGAAAAGAUCAUGUUGGAGGAGGCAAAGAGGACCAGACAGGAUCUGUAGUUUCCUGUGGGGUUGAGAACAAGGCUUUUGUGUAUGAGCAGGAAUCUCAGUCUCAUCCAGAGCAUUCGCCAUCACCAUGUCAAGAGGGGGAAAAUCAGCUUUUACUGGAAUAUGAGGAAAUUCCGGGUGUGCCUGAAGUGGCCUAUCCUGAUGGUGAGGAAGCAGCAGAAGUUGCAAAGAGAAGGGUCAGAUUCUCCUCAGCACCAAUCAAGGUGUUCAGCACUUACUCUAACGCAGAGUAUGACAGGCACAAUGAGGAUAUUGACCCAGUGGCCGCCUCAGCUGAGUUUGAGCUGGAGAAGAGAGUGGACAGGAUGGAUGUCUUUCCGGUGGAGAUAGAAAAGGGAGACGAGGGUCUGGGCAUCAGUAUCAUAGGAAUGGGUGUAGGAGCUGACCAAGGACUGGAGAAACUGGGAAUAUUCGUCAAGUCGGUCACUGAAGGAGGAGCAACACAGAAGGAUGGAAGGAUUCAGGUGAAUGACCAGAUAGUGAACGUGGAUGGGGUGAGUUUGGUCGGAGUCUCCCAGUUGUUUGCAGCAACAGUCCUCAAAAAUACAUCAGGCCUCGUCAAGUUUUUGAUUGGCCGAGAGAAGGAAGGGGUGGAGAGUGAGGUGGCAAGGCUGAUCAACGAAAGUCUGGAAAUGGAUAAAACACCCAGAAAGAGGGGAAGAGAAGAUGAGGAUGUCAAUGGUAGCAUGUCGGAGAGGGGCUCAGUGGACGAGGAAGAGGAGGAAGGUGAAGAGGAGGAUGCAUCUGUUCUUCACAGUCUGGACAACAACCAGCUCUGCCAAAAAUACCAGCAGCUUCAGUCAAAACUACGUAGCAGAGCAGCCCAACUUCACCACACUACAGAAAAGUUAAAGGCAUGGGAGGAGCAGAAGGCCCACUGGGAGAUUCAAAGGGCUGAGUUGGAGCAAAGGGCGGAGGAUGCAGAGGAGAAAGCGGACAAAGUAGAGAAGUAUUGGCAAGAGGCCCAGACACUGUGCAGGGUUGUGAGCCAGCGACUUGCCGAUGCCCAGAGCCAAUCAGAAAGCUUGGAGAUCAAAUACAGCAAGGCCAAGAGACUGGUCAGAGAAUACCAGAGCAGAGAGGAGGAGAGGGAGCGCAGAGAAGCAGAUUUGAGGAGAGAAAUGGAGGAGCGAGAUGAGCUGCACAGAGAGAUGGUUGAAAGACUGCAAAUCCAGAUAGCACAGCUGGAGAGGAAAGAGCCAGAAAGAAAGAACCACUCUGUGGACUCUUCAGUCACAGAUUGGUUUAUUCCAGUUCCUGACACAGGACGUCUAGACUCCAGCGCUCACAUAGCCAGAGCUCAGUUGGCCCAGAAAGCCAAGCGUCACCCGCCCUCUCGAGACAAACUUAGAGAGAGCUUUAGAAAACAGGAAGAGGAGGUUCAGAAACACCAGGAGAGCAAAUCACUGUCUACUCCCACAGUGGUACAAAGGAGCAGCAGAAGUGACUUGUCCAGUACCUCGUCUGUCUCGACCCUCAGUCCUCAGCCUCCUGCCGGCUCAGUCUUCACCCCUCCAAUCUACAUCAAUGACACGGUCACUCCGAUACAAUGCAAAUCCUCCUCAUCCAGAAAGUCCAAAAGGAAAUUUCCCGACUUCAGUGACCUUCGCAAGUCGCUCAGCAAAAGGAGAAGUGAGAAACAGCGCAAAAGGUCCUUGAACAACAGGGGGUCGUGUGGUGACCUGCUGGAUGACCCCGCUGCCGUUUCUCCAUCAGACUCGGUCACCUCCAUGCCUUCUUGCCUGCCCUUUCCCUGGUUUGGAGAGCAAGGAAGAACAAAAGAGGAGAUUGAGAGGGGGAGGGAGAGACUUCGUUCUGUGUCCAGCAACAGCUUACCGUACUUGACCACCACAGGUCGACGAGAUGAGAGUAUUGGCUCUCCAGUGCGCAGCUCCAGCAUGGUGGGUCAUGUCUCUAAUCUCUCCCUCUCUGGACACUCUCACACUUUCACCUUUUCCUCCACUGAGACGUUGGACGAUGACCCAGUUCCCACCAAUAAUAACCAGUGGCAAAUUCAACCCGUCUCGGAGUGGAACAACCAACAGGUGUGUUUGUGGCUAAGUGCUAUGAACAUGGACCAGUAUGUGUCUGAGUUCACUGCCAGAGGUGUCGAUGGGACACAACUGCUCAACAUGGAUAGUGAGAAACUCAAGGCUCUGGGGGUGUGUGGUCAUAGUGACCGGUCUGCCCUCAAGAAGAAGCUGAAGGAGAUGAGAAAAACUGAAGAUAAGGGACAGAGGAAAGAAGAGAAGAGGCUGAAAGAGAAGGGGAAGAAUGUGGUUUUGGACAAGGAGAGUGCAAUGUCUGUAAAAGACAACCGAUGCAGUGGAAAAACUGUAAGAACGGAGUCCCUCUUAUAAAGGUGAUAUCAGAGAUACACCACCAGCAUGAGGGUGUGUUUGCAUUCCAACACAAAUACACUUGAAGGUUUUUUUUUUUUGUGUUAUUGCUGCACACGCCUUCUAUUGUUCACAUCUGAAUAGUUAUCAUUUAGGAUACAGAACUGGUUGUCAUUCAUAGGAACCUCUCCGCAGAGGCUGACUCCACCACCAAGUUCACUCGCAACAAAUGCGUGUCUCAAUGUUGGUUGUAAAGUUCGUGCUUGCUACUGUUUUUACAGUAAUGUUUUUUUAUCAUUAAAUUAUUGUUAGAAUGGUUUUAAUAUUUAAUGAUGUGCUGAUUUAAGCACUGAGGUAUUGCUGUAAAUGUUAUGUAUGAAUAAAUAAUUUAAAUUUC